AUGGAUGAAAGAUCAAUGACAUGUUUCUAUUACAUUUUACUGGCUUUGCUGUUUGCCAUAAAUACAUUUACUGCUGCAGAAAAUGGUGAUCAUACAAAAUGCCAAAAGGAAGCAAACAUGCUGUCAAUGCCUGGAGCCUUCAUACCACAGUGUGAUGAGAUGGGGAAUUAUCUUCCAAUGCAGUGUGAUGGUAACACUGGAUACUGCUGGUGUGUGAACAAGGAUGGAGAAAAAAUUGUAGGGAGUAAACGUCUUGGAGAAGUAAACUGCAAAGGACAUUUUGGAAAGACAAAGUGUCAGCAUAAAGCAUCACGCAUACCAUCUGGGGGACAAAAGGUAUACAAGCCACAGUGUGAUGAGAUGGGGAACUAUCUACCAAUGCAAUGUCAUCCAAGAACUGGUGACUGUUGGUGUGUGGACAACAGUGGCUCAAAGACUGCAGAAAAAGAACCACAGGAGAAAGAAACCUGCAGAAAAGAACUGUAACAUCUGAAAUUCUGUCCUGUGAGAACCAACAGAAGAAACAUGAUACAAGGAAUGAAUAUCUGCUAUGUAAG